GAAUUGUUUAUAUAAACUGACCGAAUUGUUUGUAUAGGUUGGAACAUGUGUGUUGCAACAAUGAAAAAUAAUAAUUUUUAUUACAAAUGAUGAACCACUCACAUGAUGUGAAUUAUGAAAAUCUCAUGUUCCUUUCAAUUUUAAAUUACAAAGUAUUGCAUAUGCCUUUAACUUUAGAAAAGUUAACUGAAAUAUAUAUUUUUUUCAGCUUGUUCUUUAUGCCAUGCAUUGUAGGGGUUUGAACAUAGAUAUAUACGAGGGUAAAACACAUGUGCUUGAUACUUCUUCAUUUAGGCAGUUGUUGAUAAUGUUUUAUGGUUGUACGUUGUAGGUAUGAACAAUGACGACGACGACUCCACACGGAUGGAUGAAAUGUUAGAAGGGGUCGCAGCUCUCGCAAGACAGUGGCAUGAGCAGAUGAAUUUAAAUUACGUUGAAGCCUACAGAAUUGCAACUGAUUACUACAAGGCGUACGUUCUUAAAGUUCCAUGCCGUACUUCCAUAUUGUCGGGGAGGGCCUGGAUUACGGAAUUACACGAGGGUCACAGUGGCCGCUUCCGGUACGAAUUGUGCAUGCCCAAACAGGUGUUCCUUCGGUUAUGUACGACGUUGGUAAAUGACUUUGGGUUGCGUGUACCGGAGCGGCCGCACGGCUUGGAAGUCGAGGAGAGUGUUGCAAUAUUUAUUCAUGUGCUAAAAAACUUGCCAAACCGGGAGUUACAAGAACGCUUCCAACAUUCGGGUGAAACUAUUUCACGGCAUUUUCAUACCGUCUUGAAAGCAAUGAAAAAAUUCACGGUCGUUCACUGCAGGCCCCCUGCUAAUUUCCAGACGCACAGGGAUCCUAUUUUGCAAUCUCAACGACAAUAUUUGCCAUUCAAGGAUUGCUUAGGUGCAUUGGAUGGGACACAUGUACCGGCAUGCAUAAAGGAGUCAGAAGCAGCCCCAUAUUUUAGCCGAAAGGGUUGUCACACCCAGAAUAUUUUGGCGGUAUGUGAUUUCAAUAUGUGCUUUGUGUUUGUGUCGUGCGGGUGGGAGGGCAGCAUGCACGACAGCCGGGUUUUAAGCAACGUAACGGAGGAUCCACAAUACAAUUUUCCAACUGCAACUGAUGGUCGCUAUUACCUUGUGGAUAGUGGAUACAGCAAUAACAAGGGCUUUCUGGCACCAUACAAAGGCAACAGAUACCACCAACCGGAAUUUCAAGGCACAAUCCACGGAACCGUGAUGAAUUGUUCAACCGCGCUCACUCAUUUGCGAAGCGUGAUUGAGCGUACAUUUGGCGCAUGGAAGAUGAGGUGGAGAUUUCUAAAAGACAUGCCUCGAUUUGAUUUUCGUAAAGUGCAGGUGCCAUUGGUUGCAGCAUCCAUGGCUUUGCAUAAUUUAUACGCAGAAAUAGUGUGGACGAUAAGAUUAUUGUUGCUGUUAGCAAUGCGCCGAGUUCGAUAUCCGGACAUGCGUGACCGCAACGAUUUGGCUGCCUUGACGAUGCGAUGA